CAAGUUUGCAGAAGCCAUUCCACCUGACUAGCUGAUUGGGUUUAUCAAUUCCCAACAGAUUCAUUAUUUACGGACGAAGUAAUGAAUUUUUUGGUUCUAACAAAACUCAGCAACGCUUGUUUCCAUCCGGCAAGCGAAAUCGCAAAACCAAUGACGAGUCAAUCAGCCUCAUGCACGACCCUUGCCCGGGCUCCCGUAUAUACCAUGCUCUGAUUCGCCCGACCUCAUGUCAAACGGAAUGUCGGAUUAAGCUUUUAUACACGCUCAUCUGCCACUUGUCGAAGCGAGGACCCAGGUGGAGUUUCGGAAUGAAUUGUCGGAGAGAAGUGGUGCCGAGUUUGAUGAGUCUAACCACUCACAAUACCAUGUCGUUGAAACACGGCAGGACCUUUACGAGGGUAUCGAAGUCCUCUUUGUUCGAUUCAUGGUCUUUGUUUACCGGAGUUACGAUUCACGGACGAAUACUUCCGUUUGCUUUUGAGUCAAGGCUGUACGGCACGCAGCCUCGCCACUACUCAAUCAACACUCGAGUUCUCAACCUCGUCAAGAAAACAAUUCUUUUCUCAAAUAUCCAUCUUCAACGGCAAGAUGGAAUCAUUAUUCUCCUCCACGGUGAGCCUGGUGGCCCGUAAAACUCGUCUGGAACUGCUCGCCGAGUGUACUGUCGACACUUGCCCCAUCGACUCAUCAUAUUAUUUCUACCGAGUCUCUCUCGCAGCAAAUGCAACAUUCAUCGCACUCUUCGCCAUUUCUCUUCUUGGAUUCUUGGUCACUUAUGCGGUUACACGGCGAGCAACAGCAUUUACUUUUGCGGUCUCGGCAGGCGUGAUCCUCGAGGUCAUUGGCUAUGCAGGACGGAUCAUGAGCUGGCAGAAUCAGUGGGGAGAAAAUGGGUUCUUGAUGCAGAUUGUGUGUCUUACAAUUGCGCCUGCGUUUAUUGCCGGUGGUAUAUAUCUCUGCCUGAGACGAAUCGUGUAUGCGUUUGGGCCAGAGAACUCCAGAAUUGCGCCGGAGACAUACACCCGCUUCUUCAUCCCCUGCGACCUCCUCUCUCUUCUUCUUCAAGCAGCCGGUGGCGGCAUCGCCUCAUCCGCUUCCCACCAACACAAAUCCACAAAAGUCGGCGACCAUAUCAUGGUCGCCGGCCUCGCAUUCCAAGUCCUCACCCUCCUCAUAUUCAUGAUCCUCUGCGGUGACUUUGCGAUCCGCACACGCCGCCGGUAUAAAUCUCUCGGCGAGGCAGCAUUCGACCAGAACCCUCACUUCGUUACUUUGCGACACUCUAAGGUAUUCAAGGGCUUCCUCGGCGCUUUGACAUUGGCUACGAUCUGUAUAUUCUGGAGAAGUGUGUACAGAGUUGCAGAGCUGGCUGAGGGGUGGACGGGGAGUUUGAUUAAAAGGCAAUGGUUGUUUGUUGGGUUUGAGGGAGUGAUGGUUAUUGUGGCUUGUUUGGCUCUUAAUGUUUUCAAUCCGGCUUUUGCGUUCCCCGAGGGUGUGACGGGAAUGGGAGGAUUGGGAAGUAAAAAGAAGAUGCGAAAGCAGAGAGAGAAAGCGAAUGAAGGGAGUACGAGUAAUAGUGAUGUUGAUGGUGGAUUGAAGGCGAGUGUUUGAAUGGACAAGUUAGAGUGCGUGUAGAUGGUGUGAUUCUUGAUAUCCCACAAUAGAUUUGGAUGGAUUUUUGUUUCUACAAUACGCGCUAUAGCACCAUAUCAAUUAGAUGAGGUCGCCAGCUAAGUCAAUCUAGAAGAUGAAUUUGUUGUG